UUAUUAUUAUUAUUAUUACUUGGAUUUUCUUCCCUGCUUCACUCCAUCAGUUAAUCGGCUCAUUUGAGCCCCGAUGGAAGCUCGAGCGUUCCGGCCGACUGGGACCACGAUCGCUUUGCGCCCAUGACACACUUCCCUCCAUCCGCCGCAUCUGGAGCCGAGAGCCGCGAAUCGUCUUUAAGUUGCUCCUCUUUUCGCCGUCGACGACCGCGGCUGCCGUGGGGACUUUGCGCACCCGAGUGGGCGUCCUGCGCGUGUCGGUGUCGAAGCAGCGAUGCGGAGCGGCAACAGCGCGCCUCUGCUCCUCUCCUGCCUGGCGCUCGCGGCUUGGCGGAUGACCAGAUCGGUGAAUGCCGACGGCACAUCUGAUGCCUUCAAAACCAACAUCACCCUGUUCACGCGCAUCCUGGACAGCCUGCUCGACGGUUACGAUAACCGUCUCCGGCCUGGUCUCGGAGACAGGGUAACUGAGGUGAAGACAGACAUCUUCGUCACUAGUUUUGGACCCGUUUCAGACACAGACAUGGAAUACACCCUCGACGUUUUCUUCAGGCAAGCCUGGAAGGAUGAGAGAUUAAAAUUUCAUGGCCCAAUGAAGAUUUUGCCUCUCAACAACCUGAUGGCGAGUAAAAUCUGGACCCCGGACACAUUCUUCCAUAAUGGGAAAAAGUCGGUGGCUCAUAACAUGACCAUGCCUAAUAAAUUACUGAGGAUUAAAGAUGACGGGACAUUGCUGUACACGAUGAGGUUAACCGUGCAUGCAGAGUGUCCAAUGCAUCUGGAGGAUUUCCCCAUGGACUUUCACUCCUGUCCGCUUAAAUUUGGCAGCUAUGCCUACACAAUCACGGAAGUGACUUACGCUUGGACUCUGAAUGCCUCUGAUUCUGUAGUCGUGGAAGGUGAAAGCUCGCGUCUGAAUCAGUAUGACUUACUUGGACAAACGGCAGGGCAGGAAACUAUUAAAUCAAGUACAGGUGAAUAUACCGUGAUGACAGCUCAUUUCCAUCUGAAGAGGAAGAUUGGCUAUUUUGUCAUCCAGACAUACCUCCCAUGCAUCAUGACCGUCAUCCUCUCCCAAGUGUCUUUCUGGCUGAAUAGAGAAUCAGUGCCGGCGAGAACUGUAUUUGGGGUAACCACUGUGCUCACGAUGACGACGCUGAGUAUAAGUGCUCGCAACUCCCUCCCCAAGGUUGCAUACGCCACCGCCAUGGACUGGUUCAUCGCUGUCUGCUACGCUUUUGUCUUCUCUGCUUUGAUUGAGUUUGCCACAGUCAAUUACUUUACCAAGCGUGGCUGGGCCUGGGAUGGAAAGAGUGUCGUGACUGACAAGAAAAAAGAAAGAACAUCUGUGAUCAAGAAGAACAACGCCUAUGCUGUAGCAGUGGCCAAUUAUGCGCCUAAUAUUACCAAGGACUCCAGCACGCUUCCAACUAUUGCCAAAGGAGGCACUUUGGAAGCCAACAAGGCUAAAGGAGACGGCAAGAUCCCAGAGAGCAAGAAGACGUUCAACAGCGUUAGCAAAAUCGACAGGAUGUCAAGGAUUUUGUUUCCCGUUCUCUUUGGUUCCUUCAAUCUGGUUUACUGGGCCACCUACUUAAACCGAGAACCCGUCAUCAAGGACAUGGUGCCCUCUACUUAGAAGCCAGCAUUAACGUGUUCCGGUCGGGAGGCUCAGAACCAAAUACCUCCAGCAACUGUGUGUACAUACUUUUGCAGAGUGAUGUCCUGGAUUGCAGUGUGAUCCUCCAGCUCUGCCUAUUUUCUACACCGUUUGCAGCACUUUUGACAACUCUGUCUUUUGGAAAUGUCUAUGUCUAUUUAUAUUCUAUUUUCAUUGUGUGAUGACUUCAAUUCAAAUGUGUAUUUGUUUCCAGUUUAGGUAUGUGACCCCUGUACAUAAAGUAUCAAUGUCAACGCAAACAUACAAUGAUUUAUAAUGACUUCUGAAUAUUUUUUAUUUUGUUGUAAUUGACACCCUUCGCUUGAUGUUCCUGUGAAAUAAUUUUCUUUGGAGUGAAAUCAAUUAAACGAAUACAAUUGUA